GAGGGAGGGAGACUCUCUUCGACACCCAUCAACUUCGCACCGACUCACAUUGCGAUGCCGCCGCAGCAGCAGCAAUAGGCUCCGCACAGCCCGCGCCCCUUAACGCUGGUAGACGUGCGGAAACUUGCCUUUUUUAAUGUCUCUUUCUGACUUGGAUUUCGGGCGCCCGUCCUUACUGACCCGCGGUGCCGGAUUAACGUUCUCCUCGAAUUAGACCCCCUUUUUGUUGUCCCGUGUUCGCCGUAUGGUGUAAUGGCAGUGUUGUGUACAUCCGGGCCACAAUGCCGUGACUCCAUUAUUGUUCAUUGACUGUGAACUGGAGAAGGAGGGAUUUAUUUUAUUUAUAUUUAUCUUUAUAAAUAUAAAUAAAAUAAAUCGAUUUACAAUCCUGCACAUAUUUCCUGUAAUUAAAAGUCAAGCUGGACCGUAGAAGGACAUGUCUAACCAAGGGGUGAGGAGAAACGGCCCAGUGAAACUGCGUUUGACAGUCCUCUGUGCAAAAAACCUGUCGAAGAAAGACUUCUUCCGACUCCCUGAUCCCUUUGCCAAGGUGGUGGUGGACGGGUCUGGGCAGUGUCACUCUACGGACACAGUGCGGAACACCCUGGACCCCAAGUGGAACCAGCAUUACGACCUGUACAUCGGAAAGUCUGACUCCAUCACCAUCAGCGUGUGGAACCACAAGAAGAUCCACAAGAAGCAGGGUGCUGGCUUUCUGGGCUGCGUCAGGCUCCUGUCCAACGCCAUCAACCGCCUGAAAGACACUGGCUAUCAGAGACUCGACCUCAACAAGCUGGGCCCCAAUGACAACGACACAGUGCGGGGACAGAUCGUGGUGAGCCUGCAGUCCCGAGAUCGGAUCGGCACCGGGGGUCCUGUCGUGGACUGCAGCCGUCUGUUUGACAAUGAUUUACCUGAUGGCUGGGAGGAGCGCAGGACCGCCUCCGGCCGCAGCCAGUACCUCAAUCACAUCACGCGGACCACGCAGUGGGAAAGACCCACCCGGCCGGCGUCAGAGUACUCCAGCCCUGGCAGGCCUCACAGCUGCCUGGUGGAUGAGAACACGCCUGUAGGGGGCACCAACGGGGCCACGUCGGGGCAGGUUGGCGACCAGCGGGCCCAGGAGCGCCGCGUGCGAUCCCAAAGGCACCGCAACUACAUGAGCCGGACGCACCUGCACAGCCCACCGGACCUGCCUGAGGGAUACGAGCAGAGAACGACGCAGCAGGGCCAAGUGUACUUCCUGCACACGCAGACGGGCGUGAGCACGUGGCAUGACCCCCGCGUGCCCAGGGACCUCAGCAACGUGAACUGCGAGGAACUGGGCCCACUGCCCCAAGGCUGGGAGAUCCGCAACACGGCCACCGGCCGCGUCUACUUUGUGGACCACAACAACCGCACCACGCAGUUCACCGACCCCCGGCUCUCUGCCAACCUGCACCUGGUGCUCAACAGCCCCAGUCCCAAUGGCUCCCGUUCCGGCAUUGAGGGCCAGAACAGUAACAUCAGCCGACAGAACCAGCUGAAGGAGCCGCAGCCCCCCCCGCAAGUUCUGGUGUCGCCCGCCCAGUUGCCCGAAGAGGCAGAGUGCCUGACAGUGCCCAAGUACAAGCGUGACCUGGUGCAGAAGCUGAAGGUGCUGAGGCAGGAGCUGUCGCAGCAGCAACCGCAGACGGGCCACUGCCGCGUCGAGGUGUCCCGCGAGGAGAUCUUCGAGGAGUCGUACCGGCAGGUGAUGAAGAUGAGGCCAAAGGAUUUGUGGAAGCGACUGAUGGUGAAGUUCAGAGGGGAGGAAGGUCUUGAUUACGGCGGGGUGGCCAGGGAGUGGCUGUACCUACUCUCUCAUGAGAUGUUGAACCCUUACUACGGGCUCUUCCAGUACUCCCGUGACGACAUCUACACGCUGCAGAUCAACCCCGACUCCGCGGUCAAUCCGGAACACUUGUCUUAUUUCCACUUUGUGGGCCGGAUCAUGGGAAUGGCCGUAUUCCAUGGCCACUACAUCGACGGGGGCUUCACGUUGCCCUUUUAUAAGCAGCUACUGGGCAAGCCCAUCACCCUGGAUGACAUGGAGUCCGUGGACCCAGACCUGCACAAAAGCCUGGUUUGGAUCUUGGAUAAUGACAUCACUGGUGUGCUGGACCACACCUUCUGCGUGGAGCACAACGCCUACGGGGAGAUCAUCCAGCACGAGCUCAAGCCAAAUGGCAAGAGUGUCCCCGUCACGGAGGACACCAAGAGGGAGUAUGUCAGGCUGUACGUCAACUGGAGAUUCCUGCAUGGCAUCGAGGCCCAGUUCCUAGCCCUCCAGAAGGGUUUCAACGAGGUCAUCCCACAGCACCUCCUCAAGUCUUUUGACGAGAAAGAGCUGGAGCUUAUCAUCUGCGGCCUGGGCAAGAUCGACAUCAACGACUGGAAGGCCAACACCAGGCUGAAACACUGCACCCCUGACAGCAACAUCGUCAAGUGGUUCUGGCGCGCAGUGGAGUCCUACGACGAGGAGCGACGGGCCCGGCUCCUGCAGUUCGUCACUGGCUCUUCCCGCGUUCCACUGCAGGGCUUCAAGGCCUUGCAAGGAGCGGCUGGACCGCGGCUCUUCACCAUCCACCAGAUCGAUGCCAGCACUAACAACCUGCCCAAAGCCCACACCUGCUUUAACCGGAUCGACAUCCCGCCGUAUGAGCACUACGACCGGCUGUACGACAAGCUGCUGACAGCCAUUGAGGAGACGUGCGGCUUCGCAGUGGAGUGACCGCCGGGAGAGGGUGGGGGCACAGCAGGGGCACACAGUCCCACUCUCUCGGUAAUGAUGGCACAAAAGCUCAGUGAGGACCAGCAGGCAGGGGCCAGCGACCGUGCGGUGAAAACUCUGCCCCGUACAGUCUGCCCCGCCCCCGUACACUCUGCCCCUCCUCCUAUCUGCCCUGCCUUUCCUCUCUUCUGUCGUUUCGGUUUUCAGCUGCUAAAGACUCACUGACUUCCUUGUCAAGUAUCCAGCAUGGAAGGCUGAUAAUUGGCUUUUUUGGGGUCCGCUUAUAUUGAAAACACUGUUCUGUCUUGUGUUUUCACAUUAACAAAAGCAAAGCAGCGUGGUGCGGGGGAGGUGACAGCACAAGACUACUAGUAAGAAAGUCCCUUUAGUAGGAGGACACAGCGUCUGGCCAAGUCUGCUGGGAAACGGGUUCCUCGUGGCGAGGUGGUUCUGGGGGUAGGGGUUGAGGGUACAAUCUUCAGACCUCGGCUUGGUGUGUGACACGUCCUGUAAGCCCCCGCCCCGCUGAGUCCAUUUACCCCCCGCCUCUACCACGUCCCUCCCCGGUAUGUGCAGAAUUGGUCAGCUAGCUGUUAGCUUCAGAAAUAAUCGCUUCACUUAUUUUUCAGUACGUGUAAAUUUAAAACACACGCAAACAACUCGCUUCCAUGCCAAUUUUUCCAGAAUCUUAAACUUAUUCGUGAAAUUUCCUUUUUUUUUUAAUUAAAUGUUCAGAGUAUUAAUGUUUAAAUUAUAGACUUAUUUUGUGAAAUGGUUAAGCUUGAAUGAAGUUCAUGGAUUCCUGGUGGAUGACCCUGAAAGCCCUGAUAUGAGAGAUUAAAACACCGCUAUCUUCCCACACUGCCCCCUGGUGCCAUAACACUCCUCAGCUUCAUUGACAGCUCAGAGCUGCGGUAUAAAUGAAGCUCGUUGGGCGGAUCCCCUCGACUGGUCCCGACGAGCAGGGAUGAGAGUGCUUUUCUCGGUAGAUACCACUGAUCCAGCAGCGCACUGCCAAGCCACACAAUUCCAUCCUGAAGACCGACAUCUGUUUGGGAAGAAACAAGUGUGCGAUUCUAAGCAGCCAAGACGUGCUGAUGGUCACAGAAGAGAGGAAGAUUCCAGUGUUUAAAACCACAAUGUCUGCGUCAGAAGACAGGAAACUAAAGCGCACUUUACAAACUCGGGGGGUGGGAGGUGCUUUUGUCUUAGUAAUUUCAAAUGACAUACCACAUUCUGCUCCAACCAUACUGCAUUGGAAAUAUAUACCUGUAAUUUUGAGUAUGUAUGUAUAAAUAUAUAUUUUGUGUAUGGCUUGUUUUUGCUGUUCUCUACACAAGGGUCACACCAAUUGCGCCACAUUCUCAGGUGAUUUUUUCCCCAUUAUUUUGAACACUUAAAGCUGAUAAAAAAGAAAGAAAAAAAUAUAUAUAUAUUAUUCUCACUGAAAGGUGUCUUACACAAAUAUGGAGUUUGCCGUUGUGUAGUCUGACCUGUGACCCUGCCCCUUUAAGAGAGGGAGCAGACACACUUUUUCCUGUUAAAUAUCCUUGGAGUCGGGUGGGCCGAAGUUAAGAUUUAAUGUCAUGGACCUUGGCAGCACCCCUUCACGUUCUGCAUAAAUGGAUUUUUUAGAAACUGUAUUUAUUCUUUUUUUUCCUCUGUAAAUUUGUGUUCGAUCUUUUGAAGCUGCCGGACUCUAUGGCCACGGACUGUUCUUAACGUUUGCAUGCACACAAAGCAGGCAGACCCUUUGUGUGCAUGUGACAUUUUCAAUAUUUAGCCUUUGGAAAAUUUGAGAAUCCUGAGAUGGUGCUUUGUACAGUGUGGAAAUAUUGUUCAUAGGCAGAUAACAGAACCUUUAAUUUAUCUAAUUUAAAUUUUAAAAAAAUGCAAAAAAAAAAGCUGUGCAAAUACAUGCAGACGUAGGUUGCUCUAAAUGAUUUAGCAACUUCCAACUAAUACCAAAUAGUUUAUGGAUUGAGCUGUUUUAUAACCAGUCAUACCUGUGUCCAGUGUACACACUGCUUCCAAUUUAGUGUCUCUCACUACAUUACUGUGUAUUAAUUACUCAUAGUCUGAAGCCUCAAGAUUAAAGUUGGACAUGAGGAGGCCCACUGUUAGUUACUCGUACCAGGAGCCGGUCUGGAACUGCAGUCUCGCUUCUCGUAUCCUGCCCCACAGGCAGGAGUGUAUCUCUUUAUCGCCGACUGGUGCAAUCUGUUGUACGUAACACACUAUUAUCUUAACUUUAAUUUUAAAGUAUCGUCUGAUUAAAUUCGCCACUCAAAGCUCCCGCGUUUAGCCUUUCAUUUCCAUCGUUUGCAUUUAUCAGUGUGUGUAGCGUCACACUAACCUAUGUGAGCUUAAACUUGCACCUGUAUAUAAAAAGAAAUAUUAGAAAAUUACUUGUAUCCAUGCAGAAGAUGAGCAAUAAACUCUAUGCUGUUUGCACCUCACAGCAUAAUGUUUCAUAA